AUGGUUCUUAUGGUGACCGUUUUGCUUUUUAUGUCUGCUUUUGCAGCCAAAGUUCAAGAACUGCACGUGUACAAGAUCAUCGACCUUGAUCGUGGAAGCCCUGCCGUCCUCCGACUGAGCCAAAAGCCCGUCAAUUCCCUUGGCGAUCUAUUCCCUUCACCAACAAAACUUAUGACGGGAGACCUAAAAAAACAAUUGGGAAUCACACAGGGACUGUGUGGUUUGAUAAAAAACAAACCGGAGAAGAAAGGUGAUCGGUUCGAGGCGACAUAUAGCUUUAACUUCGGAGACUACGAUCACAUGGCGGUGCAGGGGCUGUAUUUGACCUACGAGGACACGUACCUCUCCGUGGUGGGCGGCUCUGGGAUCUUCGAGGGGGUGUACGGCCAGGUGAAGUUGGAGCAAAUUGUGUAUCCCUUCAAAAUCUUCUACACAUUUUACUUGAGGGGGAUCAAGGAUUUGCCCGUCAAGCUACUCGGGAAGCCUGUGGAGCCCAACCGAACCAUCAACCCCAUUCUUUACUAUGCUUCUCACUGGAAACCUAUUUUACGUGUCUUGCUCUCCAAAUAUUUUGCACAACCAAAGCUCGUUUUUAGUGUUGAGAAACAAAAUGCUUGA